AUGCAAACGUGGCUUGCAGAAAAAAAUAUUCAGUUUGACGAAUCAAUGAAAAAAAUUGAACUGUACGAUCUUAUUUUAAAAAAUAAGGACAGAUUCAAGAGGUUCGUUAUUGACGAACUGAUUCAAUCAAAAGGGUUUGAAAUUCUACGACUACCACCUUAUCACCCGGAACUAAAUCCAAUUGAAAAUAUAUGGGGGAUAUUAAAAAACUACGUGGCUAAUAAAAAUGUUUCACAAAAUUUUACAUCCAUUAUGUCACUUAUAAAUGAACGACUCGAAAUGAUUGAUAGUACUAUGUGGGCAAAUGCAUGUCGGCAUGUUGAAGACACAGAAAAACAGUAUUUGCAAUAUUUUGACAUGGACUUUGAAUUUAUUAUUUCUGUUAAUGACUCUGAUUCAGAUGAAAGUGAAUCUAUGGAGAUGAGUGAAUAG